CGGUUUCUAUUUUUCUUGAAAGUUUAUCCUAAAGAAAUAUUGGGUUAUUUCUUUAGGAUCAUUCAUUGUCAAUACUCCAUUUUAAAGGAUUUUUUCUUAUUCUUUGUAGUAAUUUCUGUGAUUUUAAUACAAUUCUUGUUCAGUCCUACAGCUUCAGUAUUCUCUUGGAUACAUCACGUUCUAGUGAUUUUAUUGUACGUAAUACAUUUUUCUUGCAUCAUCUUCCAGGGUAACUUUGCAGACCUCGGUAAGUUGCUCAUGCAGGGCCCCUUCAGCGUGUGGAACGAGAGCAAGAAGGGACUGAGAGAGCUACGGCUCAAACCUGCUCAGAGACACAUUUUUCUGUACGAGAAGGUGUUACUCUUCACUAAGCGUGCUGGAAAAGACACAGAUCGUGCUACAUAUCAUUUCAAAAAUGCUCUUAAGAUGUCGCAAGUUGGGCUAACGGAGAGCGUACGUGGCAAUAAAGGGGAUGUGAAAACAUCCCCUUUAUUGAAAAAACUCUGAUCUGAAAAAAACUCUUGUUGAUGUUGUAUGUCAGUUAACCUUGAAACAAAUAAAAACAAGACUCAAGGUGGUUCAGGAGGGUGAAGAAAUGAUAAAGAGAAUGGCAAUGGUGGACAGUA